AUGCCAGAGAAGCAGCCUGAAAGUCAGGCAGCAGCGCCUGCUCCCGUGGCCGUCUAUGACGCCGUACCGCAUACAGAGACGUCCGAGCCCAUCAAAUACAGAGCUGGUCCAAUCUGGUCUUUGAUCAAUGACUUUGCUCUGUUCAUCUCCCAGCUGUAUUACCUUCCGCUCGUCCUCCUUCCCAUCGGCCUCAAGCAUGGUGGCUUGCUGCAGGACAUGACCAUCGUUGGUCUGCUCUACCAGAUCAUCGUCUCCAUCGUUGGAGUGUUCGGCACGGCUGUGCUGGUGUUUGCCAGCUUCACCGGAUUUCCAGCGCCCAUCUGGACCUCUUUGGCUCUCGGUACAUCCUUGCGCCUUCUGACCGCUCUACAAGGUCCACUCAAUAAUUUUACCGUCAAGUCCCCGACGGGACACAACUUUCCAAAUGAAGCUUGGUUACUUGUCACGGGUAUAGCGACGACUCCUGAUGGACAGCGCAAAGCUUGUCAGAGGAUCAGCGACCUCUUCGGCCGUGACGUGGUUGCCAUUGUCAACCGCAGCUAUGGGUUGGUCGGAGACUUGCUCGAGUGCCUGAACCAACGUGACCUGCACUGGCCCAGUCGUGAUGAAAGAUUAGGCUAUAACGUACUCGUCAAAGCUCUCUUGGACCCCAAGAACAAGCGUGUGGUGCUAGUGGGGCACAGUCAAGGUGGUAUCAUGGUUAGCGCUUGGAUUGAUCAGCUCUUGGCAGAUUACAACCGUUCGAUCCUCUCAAAGAUUGAGAUCUACACUUUUGCGUCUGCAGCCAACCAUCUCUCCGCUCCUGUCGAUGCCAACGGUUCGAUGCCAUUUGCCAAUAUUGAGCAUUUUGCCAACGAGUUCGACUACGUCUCUCGCAUCGGCGUGCUGGCUUUCACUUCUGACCAACAGAAGCAGCUGCCAGUCGACGGCAAGGCCUCUUACUUGCGCCGCGGACCUCACCCAAAGCUUCACCCUGCCACCCUCGGUCGCCAGGCGGACAAGGGGCUGGGUGCGGGCCUAGCCUUCGAGAAACCUGUUACAAUCGAGAGCCGCUUCGCUGGCCGUCUGUUUGUGCGCCCUCGCACGGGUCAUUUGAUCGUUAGCCACUACCUCGGCAAAGACUCCAUCCUCGACUCUCCCAACGUCAAGCGAUUCAGUCGCUUGACCCAGUACCGCGACGGUGGCUCGCCAGCCUAG